AUCUGCAACGAGUCGGCCAGCAGUAUAACUCUUCCGCGGGAUUUCAUGCGAAAAAGAGUGGAAGUCGAAGUUUUAAAUAACUACAAAAAAUUAUAAUAUUUUAAGUGAUGGCAGUGCAGGUUGUACUAAAGGAUAUAAUAGUCUCCUAAUUUUUUAAAUCUGUGCAAAAGAAAAGGCAAGCCAUUGUGUCUGUGAGUGUGCUUGUGCAUGUGUGAGGUGCGCCCUUGCCGCUAGCCCGAAAAUGGCAGCAAGUGCAUAAUUAUGAAAGCAGUGGAAUAUACUUUACCACCGAAUGUGUAUAGAAAGCAAGCAGAAGCAGCAGCAUCCGUAGCCCAUAUAUCAGAGGACUCAACGACUCCGCUGGCAUAUUUAGAAAUUGAAGUGAGCCGCAUUAAUUUCAUAACAGAUAAAUCGAUCAAAGCGCAAGCGUCAGGCGCAGCCUCCCUGUAUAAAAAUUCAAGCGCGAAGGCGGGUGGUUUUAAAGCACAAAUCAUCUGGUGGGGUGAGCAGCGAGAAACAGCAGGCAGUGUUAGCAUCAGCUGUGGCGGCAUCACCACCCCCAAAGACCAUAGCGAGGUCAAACGUAAAAACCAAAAGCAAAGGUCAAGUGAACAACAGCAGCAGCAACAACAACAACAACAGCGUCAUCAACAUCAUCAUCAUACCAAUAAUAAGUUACGAUAUAGCGUGCGCAGCAGCCUCGCUCUAUUCUUAGACUAUUUGUGCGAGUGUCCGCCGAUAGAAAUUGUCGCGAGUGGUUUUUGCAGCAGCAGCAGCCAUCGGGACGACGUCAACGACCACGAGCACACCCUCCCACACACACACCCACGGCCGCCCGUUAACCCACUCGGCCAGACACGUCUGCCGCUGCCAACGCCACUGCUGCGGAAGUACGCGGCCAACUACGUUAACGGUUGCAAUUUCGAGUAUAAAACAAAAAUUUAUGCUUUAUAUCGUCACGUCGAGAGCGGUGCCGCGUCUGGUAAAGUGCAACAGCAACAGCAGCUGAAAGUCGGUGAGAUUCAACUGCGCUUCAGAAUGCUAUUUGCCGCCAACGCACCCUGCGUCGUGACCCCCCCAACAACAACAACAACAUCGUCGUCAGAGCUGUCCUCAUCCUCUCAUCUCAAAAUGCCGGCUGCGCUGUUGCAGGAGCAGUUGACCGGAGGAGGUGGUUAUCUUCCUGCCAACAACUCCAGCAACCAUCACAACAACAACACAAAGCAGAAACGGCAACAGCAGCAGCCGGGACAACGUAUUGCAGGAGAAAAACAACCAAACAACAAUAACAGCCAGAAGUGCAAGUCCAGUUCAUCUAAGGUUCGUCCCGCUGGUAAAUCUGCCGAGAUAAUGGAGGCAAUGAAAAAAUUGGAUGCCGGCUUGGCAGCACUGUUUGCCACCGCUGAGCCGCUCGAACAGCUAAAGAUCAAGCAGCAGCAACGCCAGCAGCUCGAUGACGUUGCCAAUGAGCUAUGGCCCGGUGCUGUAGGGAUAGAACAGCUUGACAGUGGCGCCAUCCCUGGAAUUGAGGAGCUCUUCAAGACUGUCAAUUCAAUUCAAUUGGAUAUGGAGGCGUUGACAUUGCAGGCCGAGGGUACAAAACGCAUGGAACUACAGCAAAGCGAGGUUCGACCCAUUUUCACCGUGGAAUGCCAGUUGUCCCAUGAUCUGAUCAAGCAGGUGGAGCGCUACGAUAUGUUCCAUAUCAUGCAAUUCGAGUCUGAGAAAUUCCAGAGCCUGACGCAGUGCACCCGCUUCGGACAAAUGGCGCAGCGUGACGUGCAUCUGCCGCAAUCCGAGGAUGGAGAAAUUUCGGGCCAUAUUGAUUUCACCGUCUGGUGGCGUGAACCGGGAACCUGUCUUAACGAAAUGCUGGGCAUGGGCCGCCUCCAUUUGGUUGAGCUCUACAAGGCAUCGCUGCUGGAGCAGUGUAAAUGCAUUGUAAUCCAACGUAGGGGCGUCCAUUUGGCCAGCCUCUAUUUGAAGAUCAGUUUGCGUUCGGAUGCUAAACGAGUUAAGAGUGUGGCUAACGGUCAUGUUGACGAUGAGCAGCAGGCUGCUAACAACAACAACAGCACCAAUAAUAAUAAUAAUAACAACAACAGUAAUGGCAACAACAUAAAUGGCGCCCAUGCUGCAGUGGGUCCAGUUAGUGAACACUCGCAAGAAUUUCAAUCGAAGCUAGCUGUAAACGAAGCCUUUGCAGUGGGUCCUGAGUUGCGGAUGAAAAAUUUUAAAUCUAUACAUAAAUACCAAGGCAAUAUCGAAAGUACUACUAACAAUAAUAACAACAAGAUAUUAACAUCGGAUAAUUCAAAUACAAAUCAAAAUCGACCAUCGGUGGAAACUGUGAAUUUCAUGGCUGAGACGAGCAAGGUUCGCCUGCUGCGUGGGUAUAUCUGUGUGGAUGAGACCCGUCAGUUAUCGGCGUCAGAUGCUGCCUCCUGUGUGGAGCUCAGUGUGCAGUCCUUCUGGCAGUCACAGCCCCUUGUGGUCCCGGCCAACAACCAAGGCGCUUUUCAGCUGAAGGAGCAGUUCGCCAUCAUCAACGAUGAGAAGUUUCUGCAGAGUGUCGAACGGCAACAGUUGACCUUGGAAUUGCGACCAAUGGGCGGUCUGGUGCGCCUUCCCCUUCAUCAGUUUUUUAUCGCCUACCGCGAUGCGAGUAUUACCAAUCAUCUCUGCAAGGGCAAGCUACCAGUGAUUUCCUUCGACGGCUGGGCACCUAUUCUGCAUCCCCAAACGCAAGCACAAUUGGGUGAACUCAAGUGUUUGUUGGCUGUGGGCAGUCAGGCCCAGAUUGAUGAGCUCAGACAGCAGCGGGAGGUCGCCACAGUAACUGCUCCGCCGCUGGAUAAUGAUAGCCAGGAGGUGCCAUUGCGUCGAACCGCUGAUCUGCUGGACAUGCUACAAAACGCAUUGAGUGCGCCACCGCCACCACCACCAUCAACGCACGCACCACACGCAGUGGCUUCCGCACCGCAGACAAGUCACUUUAAAUUUGCACUACACAUUGUAGGCGCCGCCGGCUUGCCCCUCAAUCCGGGCUAUGGCAAGUCCAAGAAGCAGGCCAAGCGUCAGGCGGCUGCUAAACGCUUUGUCCCCAACGAACCGCCCAAUACGUAUGUAACCUUUCAGGCCGUGAGCUGCAGUGCGCCCACUUACAAGUCGCACGAGGGAUUAGUAUAUGCCACGCCCAUCGUGGAGCGAUCUACCACGCCCCAAUGGCGAUGCAAGCUCGAAGUGACCGUCACUGCGGACUAUUUAAGCAAUCAACAAAAACUAUUUAUUCUGAAGUUGUGGAAAAAGGCAUCGGUUAAUGGUGCGGCCACGCCUACGCCCUUGGAGGAUGCCAUUAUUGGAUUUGCGGCCUUGAAUCUGAGUCAGAAGCCCUUGCCCAGUGGUUGGCAUAACAUUGUCGACUUCAGUGGGCGCGUAACUGGGGGCUUGGAAGCGCAUGUCCUGCCACUUCCCUUGCCAGGCACUACACCAACGCUGGACACGGAUAUAGAGCAGUUUGAGCAAUCAUUGGAGUUAACACAUUUGCAGAUCGGUCAGGCCAUAAAGCGUAAAUUUAAUGAGUUGGAGCAAAUCUCGCAACGUUUGCGCACGCGUCUGGUCGAUGUGACCGGCGAGUCCUUGGGUUCGCAAUUCGAUGUGGCCAGUACCUUGGAUAAUUGGCAAGCAAUGGAACAGCUGCGGUCUACUGAAGGUGAUGAUGAUAAUGAUGAUGAUCUGGUGGCAGAUUUUGAACGAGCCCUGCGCACGCCCUCGCCGCCUCCGUUAUCGAAUGCUAAUGUAGCACCCACCGCCCAAUUGUCGGCCGACAAGUCGGAAAAUUCGAAUGGAGCCAAGGAAUAGCCCGAGCUACUGGCUUAUCAGCUGGCAAUAUACAAUUAUAUACAAUUAGUCAACUAUUUAUGUCUAUCUUACCACGUAUAUUUUUCAAUCUUCAGCUCUCGAUGUCUACACAAAGGCUCAAUAGUAGUUGUAAUUAAAUGGCACGUUCUCACUUAAUCCGGCAGUCAUCUUUAAGUGGCUGUCUAUAGCAUAAAAUCAAAGUCAGCAACGAUCACUUGGCGAUCGUUCGUCUCAUUUUAUAUAAUAAUUAAUUAAACAAUACGAUGAAUUAUUGCACUAGAGCUAAGUUAGUUGGAAUGGUGAAGCAUAAUGCACAAAACGCCAAAUGUUGCGUUGUCGUCAAUUCUUGGCCCCCCCAUUUUUGCAUUCCCUCCCAUUCGGACUCGUAUUGGUUUUACACUGUGUUAAUCAGAUAAGUGUUUAGUCACUAUUACUAAAUAAAGAAAUGAUAUGGAAACCGCUAA